CUGAUAAGAAAGCAGGCUGAGCAAACCAUGGGAACCAAGCCAACAAGCAGCACUUGUCCGUGGCCUCUGCACCAGUUCCUGCUUCCAGAUCCCUCCCUGUUUGAGUUCCUGUCCUGACUUCCUUUGAUAAAGAGCAGUGAUAUGGAAGGGUAUUUUAUGUUUCGUUGCAGCAGGAGUCUCUCUCAUGGCUUCCUUUCCCUCCCUCAGCUCCACCUCUAGAGACGGAACAUUCUCUAGGAAGGCCCCACAGGAAGGAGGGAGGCAAUGGCUGUUGGGCCUCAGCCAUUGGGAGCUCAGGAGUCAGUGACAUUCAAAGAUGUGUCUGUGGACUUCACUUGGGAGGAGUGGAUGCAGCUUGAUUCUGCACAGAGGAGCCUGUGUGGCAGGGUGAUGCUGGAGAACUACAGGAACCUGGUCUCCCUGGGCCGUCAGCCUGCCGAACCAAAGGCGAUCUCUGCACCGGAACAGGAGCUGAGCCUGAGGAAAGGACAACUCCCAGGUUCCAUCUCUCUGGGUAAGUGUCACAAUGCAAGGACUUGUAACACGGAUGUCUUACCAAGCAUGAAAGACAUCUUGGGGUCUCUGGGAGAGACCAGUUCCCAAAGAUGUGUGUUUUAUGAAAACAGGGCCACCAUGCUGAUGAGAUUUGUCCUCUGUCACUGAAGCUUAUGUCCUGGUCUUGGAGGAGGGGAUGGAUGCAUUGUGAGGCU